AUGGCUGGGGCCAUCACUGGAUCUUGGUUUCCGACUGGAUUUCACGGACAUGCCCGCAGUAAAUCGAGAAAUGAUAUAUUUCAAGAAUACAGACUCCAGGCCAAACCGCCCCCUCCGGAGAAACUUCUAAAGCGACUUCGGGAAAGCCCUUUGAAACAUAACUUUUCCAAGCACGAUAGUCGACUGGUGUUCUACGAUGGUGCCACAUAUAUGGAGAAUAACAAGGGUAAUAGUCGGGCCAAAAGUGCUUUUGGAAGAAGCAGAGAAUUUAACAAAGAUUUAAUUUCCUGGAUUCCAACUCAGACUGAGGGCCCACAGCAGUGGCCAUUAAUAUCCACAUAUCAAGCGGAUUUCUGGCAUCACAGAAAUGCACAGUCUGCAGCAGUGAUGAUCCCUCAACUGCUUGUCCCCCGUGUUCAGCGGCUGAUCACUGCCGCCCAUCCUGGGUCGGAAACGAUGCAGACCACGUAUCGCCAGUACUAUGGGCACUGCCAGCCGAAUCCAAAGGUGCACACAAAUGUAUACACUGGGGAAGUGCAGAGCAAGCCCAUGGAAACGGAAGCAUCGUUUGUCUAUGUCAAUCCGAAACCGAAGCUGGCAAAUGGUGAAUGGAGACCGAGAUCCUCCCCCCCAGAGUGCUUCACUGUUGCCGACUGUCUCUCGUGGUAUGUCCCACAAACAAGUGGAACGGCCAACUGA